CCUCUCUUGUAAUCUCGACGGCUAUGGUUUGUAGCGUAUUCACUAAUAUAAAAGAUCGUCUCCGUCAUUAGAAAAGCCUUCCUUUUUUUUUCCCAUUUUCUUCUUCUUGAUGAUCUUUUAUUGAUUCUCUCUUCGUUUUAAAAAAAUCUUCAGCCUUAGGGCAGAAUAAAUCGGAGAUCAGAUCCAAUAAUCGGGUUUUUCUGGGUUUUCUCAGAAACCCUAGACCCGAUAGUAACUUCCUACUCACUCAACCUAUCUCUCUAUUGAUCAUGGAAUCAAACGAUGAAGAGAGUGAGACACGAAGCUAGCAACAAAAAUAUCAUAAAGAGGGUUUUGGAAAGGAGAAAGAUUCGUUUUUAAUUGAGGCUCUCAAGUCUGAAAAGAGACAAAAAAAAUGGCGUCUUCAAGCUCUCCUUGCGCAGCUUGUAAAUUCUUGAGAAGAAAAUGCACACAAGAAUGUGUAUUCGCUCCAUAUUUCCCACCAGACCAACCUCAAAAAUUCGCAUUCGUUCACAAAGUCUUUGGAGCAAGUAACGUCGCUAAGCUUCUCAACGAGCUUGCCUCUAACCAAAGAGAAGACGCAGUGAACUCUCUUUUCUACGAAGCUGAAGCUAGGUUACGUGAUCCGGUUUACGGUUGCGUCGGUUUAAUCUCAAUCCUUCAACAUCGUCUUAAACAAGUUAACCACGAUCUUGAAAACGCUAAGAAAGAGCUCGCUACGUACGUUGGUCCUCAAGCUAUGCUCCCAAUUCUUCAACCGCAUUUCAUGUCUCUACCACCUCAACCGCAACGACCGUCUUCUUCUUCAGCGUCUGUGUUGACUCAGCAUCAUCAUAACUUGUUGCCGAUGAUGGCUAUUCCAACAGGACAACUGUACCAUCAACAACAACAACAGAUCUUUGAGGCUCAGCAGUUAGCAGCGGUUGCGAGAGAGCAACAGAAUGAGAUGUUUAGAGCUUAUGGAGGAGGAGGAGGAAGUAGUAGUCCACACCAUCAAAACCAAGCUCAAGCUGAGAUUUUGAGGUUUAAUAAUGGUUUUGACUCUGUACCGGCCGGUUCAGUUACGGUUACUGGGUUUAAUCAGUUAAGUUCUGGUGGUACAGCGGUAACCGGAAUGUCUCUUGGAGGUAACUUUGUUGAUAGUCCUUCGACGAAUAAUAAUUACCAUACGGAUCAGCAAUUACACCAUCAUCAUCAACCGCAACAACAUCAUGAGGCUCAACUAUUCAUACCUUCACAAUCUUCUCAGCCGCUACCGCUCCAAACGCAGGAGACGCAAACGCAGACGCAGCCGAAUUCGGAGAGCGAGGAGGGUAGAAGGAAUGUCAUUGGUUAAUCUCGCUAAUUGAGGAAUAAUAAAAAAGAGGGAUACUAAAAACAAAGAUACGGCCUUUGACCUUCUCGCUUGCUCGAUAAACUCUCAAAACAAUCCCUAAGUUGGAAACUCUGACUUUGCUCAAGGCAUUAUGGACGCAAUCGAGUUUUUCUUUCUUCCUGAUUUUGUCGGACGUCCAACAGCGAAAAGACACUCACCACGUAAAAGUCAAACGACUAACAAAGAAGUCAGCUUAUUUGGUUGAUUUUGAGUCCUGCAGACAGUUUUGGUAUAAAGUAUAAACCAAAGGCCUCGUAUCAAUUUGAACAAAAGAUCUCCACUCCAUCCCGAAACAAAUACUACCUUGCUUUUUUUUUUCUUUGUACCCUAUUAAUAUUUUUUUGACAUUUCUUUUGGUUCAAGUAAAAAAAAGGAGAAAUUAGUGUUUUUGGUUGCAAAUCUAUUUGUAAAUUAGAUGUCAAGAGAAGUGUUACUUGCCCUAGUGGUUUAUCACAUAUCCGACGUCAACCGGAAAUAUUAAAUUAAAAAGUAUGAAUAAUCUAUCUUUGUAUAUCCGCA